AAAAGAAAAAACAAAAUGUGUGAUGGCUACGCUUGACGCAAAUCUAUCAUUUCGCUUCGUUUUGUUUGUGUUUGCCGAGCUGUUUGAGAAGUACUUACAAAUCGCUGUCUUAUAGAAUUUUUCAGUUAUUAUACCUAAUCGAGAUUUUAAGAAAAAUAUUAUAAUUUGUACCUCGAUAAAUCAAUCAAAAUAAAAUGACGCUGGGAACUUACAACAGGCAUCAAGCUCAGAGGAAAAAGCAAGCAGCUUUGGCCGCGGCGUUUCCUCAGGGCAUUCGCUGUCAGAAAUGCUUGGAGUAUGGGCAUUGGAGCUACGAGUGCACGGGGAAACGAAAAAUCUUGGUCCGACCGUCACGCACAAAGAUCCUUAAAAAGAAUUUAGAAAAGAAGGAAGAAGGCCAGUGCAGCAACGGCAAAUGCAAGAUUCCGAGAAAAAAGAAGCGUGCUAGUUCAGACUGCUCAGACUGUUCGGAUUCAUCAAGCAGCUCCUCGGACUCAGGUUCAGACAGCUCGGAUUCUUCUGGAAGCGAUAGCAGCAGUGGCUCAGGCAGUGACAGUGAUAGUGGCAGCGGCAGUGACAGCGAGUCGGAAUCUGGAUCAGGGAGUGAUUAAGCUAAAACUGUAAUUUUAUACAGAAGGUGAGAUAUUUUGCUACUUUUUAUGUUGAUCACUGCCAUUAUAACUGAAUUUUAUUUUUUAUUUCAAUACGCACUAUUUAAGAUGAUUUAAAUUCUAAAAAACUCGUUUUUACCUUCUUUUUACCGUUUUAAUUUUCAAUUCUAUCUUUCUGUCUAUUUUAACAGUAUGUUUUAAAGCAAAUGGUUUCUAUAUCUGUCUGAUGUAAAAAUCAUGAGAAAUUUAAAUGUUUUUCUACUUUCAGAAUAAAGGUAGUUGCAUAUUUGUGUUUAAUGUACUCAAUAGGAUUUAGGCUUGUGUAAAUUUUUUUAUCUAUGUUUUUUUUUUAGCAAAAUAUCUCAUGUUCUCAUUUGUAAUUGUCUAAAUCUUAUUAUGUUGAUAUCUUUUCACAGUUUUAAAGAGUUUAAGGAGAUUGCCACUGUGAAUGGGUUCUUAAAAGUUUGGUUGCGAGCGAAUUGUUUUAAAAUGAAUGCAGGUCAUUGAAAAUUUAACAUGUACUGCGGACUCACCUGGUGGGUUCAUACAAAAUAGUGUGCAUGGAAUGUGUUGCCACCUAGUCUAGGGGCAAGAGUUUGUAGUUAAGAUAAUUCUUAGUGUUAAUUUUUAACUAUGUGAUUGUAAAAUUUUUAAACAAUAAAAUCGACCCAUCCCAAAUGAAACAUUUCUAAAGAAGUCUUAAGAUGGUUCGAAAUGUAGAUUUAGUUGUGUAAAAAUGUUGUAUUUAUUGUUUAGUAGUGAUUAGGUCACUCAUUUUAAGAUUUUAAUAGUAUGUAUGUUGUCUAAUUGAUGUAUAACUAACAGCUAUAGGUCUUGAAUCACUCAAUGUAACGGUUAUGCUUUGUAAAAAUAAAAUUUGCCAAUUAUUUUUGUUUGAUAACUGGAUUUAUAAUAGAUGAAAUAUUGUUUUUAACUGUGACAGAAUAUGUUUCUUGGAAUAAAUAUUUAUUUUA